AAUUCAUGUUACAAAGGAUAAGUUCUUGCAAUUCACGUUGGGACUAGUAACGUGAAUCAGCCAGCGGAUAGAAACUGUCUCAAAUAAAACGACGUUUAUCAACAAUAUAAUUCAUUUUACAUAAAACAGUUUUACAGCUCAAGAAAAUGGCGAACGCAAUGAUUCAAGAUGCUUUACAGAAUCAACUGACUCAGGCAGCUCAGAUGAUGGAACAGCAGGUUGAUGCUGAAUUACAUCGUCUUGACAACAUGGAUGAAGAUGAUUUUGAAAGUCUGCGUAGAAAACGAAUGGAAGGGAUGAAAAAGGCACAGAAGCAAAAACAGGAUUGGAUGACACAAGGUCAUGGCAAAUACACUGAAAUUCUAGAUGAAAAAGAAUUCUUUGAAAUGUGUAAAAAGAGUAAGCGUGUAGUUUGUCAUUUUUACCGGGACAGUACAUUUAGGUGUAAAAUUGUUGACAAACAUUUAGAAAUCUUAGCCCAUAAACAUAUGGAAACAAAAUUUGCCAAGAUCAAUGCAGAGAAAUGCCCGUUUCUGAUAGAGAGAUUGAGGAUUGUUGUCCUUCCUACGAUGUGUGUGGCUAAAGAUGGAAAAACAACAGACUAUAUUGUGGGUUUUGAUGAAAUGGGAGGUAAAGAUGACUUUCCAACAGAAAUGUUAGAAUGGCGUUUAGGACGUGCUGAUGUUAUCAAUUAUAGUGGUGAUUUAUUGGAACCACCAACUGUUGCAAGCGAGAAAAAGACGGGAAUUUUAGGACAUGCCAAGACAAAUAAAACAAUUCGUGGAAGGAAUGAUGACUCCAGUGAUGACGAUGAUUGGUAGAGGUUUUAGACAAUUUUGAUGAUCCAACAAGGCUUCAUUAUCAGUGACAAUUGAAAACUUUAUGAAAACAUAAAUAUGUACAGUGUACAAAUUAUUUUUAUUUAUUGAUAUACAUUUAUUUAUAAAUAUUUGAUUCAAUCUUGAUUUUUUUUUGAGGGGGUAAAUUUAAAUUUGAAGUCUUUAGAAAACAGUUUUAAACAAUGCAAAUGUUAUGAUGCCCUAUGUGUACAUACAUAUGUAAAUAAUUGAGUUUGAUGGAUUUUUUUUUUAUUGGAUUUUUUUUUGUCUAGUUUCUCUUAUUAAUUUUGGUGAUUUUAAGACAUCUUGAAAACAGCACUUUAAGCUGUUUUUGGUUAGAAUAUUAAAGCAAUAACAUUUGGAAAGUUGGAAAUUAACCUGAUUUGACACAGAUCAUUAAAAUGAAUAGAAAUUUAAAGUUCAUGGAAAGAAGAAAAGUAAUACCCCAAAAUAAACUAAUAAGUCAACGUCUUAAACCUGGAAUAAUAAAAUUGUGUCCAUCUUUUCCCAGUGUAAGCUUACACUGCAUGGUUAUUAGACUAGUACUCUUUUAGUAAGUUGAAAUCAUGGCAUGUGUUUUGGGUUUUUAGAAUUUUUAAGUUUGAUAUUUUUAGGGGUCUUCUCAAAGAAAUGUAAAUCUUAUGGCCAAUAAUAUUUAUUCUUCCAAUUUUAAAUCCAUUGUAUUACACAGCCUUGCAGAACAUUCAUUAUUAUGUUAGCAAGCUAUUAUCCCUCUCAUGUGACACACGUACAUGUAUCACCCAUUACCAUAUUUAAUGUUUCAAUUACAAGGGAAAAGACAGUUUGCCAAGUUGGAAUAAGAUCUUUGACAACAUGGACAAGAGUGAUAUGUUUUCCUGUAAAUUGACUUACUGCAUCAACUCAUUACAAAGCUUGGUGUAUAAAUAUCUCAUAAUGGUAUUAAUCUAACUGAGAUUUAUUAUAAAUGUAAUAUUUGCUACUGGACAUUAAUCAGUCAUCAUUUAAUAAAUUAAUUUAGGCAUAUUAUGAUUAAUAUUAUAAAAGAAUGUGAAUUGCUGUAAUAACCACACAAUUUUCAAUAUUAUAUGUAUCUUUAUGGAGCUUUACAUGCUAAUUUCAUGUGGUUGUAUGUUAUGAUGUAAUUGUUGUUACAGAGUGAAAAAUACCAUAUAGGUUUUUGAAUAAAUAUUUGUUUUAAAAUUUAGAA